AAAUUUUGUGGGGAACAGCCAUUUACAAGUGAUUGCAAACAAUGAAGGAAAAGGAAAGGACAUUGAUUUCUUUAGGACUGCCUACUUCAGUUACUGCAAGACUUCAUAUGUGUAAUCUCAUUAAGGUUCAUGACUUGCUAGAUUUUUCUCCAACACAUUUGUCUGAAGUGACUGGCUUGAACCUGAUGGACUGUUGUGAAGCUCUCCGUCUUUGCUCCUCUGUGUCUUCAGAAAAUGCUGGCCAAACUGUUCUUGAUAUGAUAGAAGAAGGUGGAUCAUUGAGUCACAUCAUCACCCUGUGUCCUUCACUUGAUGAGGUUUUGGGUGGUGGUGUCCUUCUAGGUGCCCUCACUGAAGUUGUUGGCACUCCAGGAGCUGGCAAGACCCAACUCUGUUUACAGUUGAGUGUCAGUGUUCAGCUGCCGAAGUGGUGCCAUGGUAUGGAGGGAGAAGCUGUAUUCAUAGAUGCUGAGGGCAGCUUCAUUGCAUCCAGACUACUUGAAAUUGCUGACUCAGCUGUAUCUCACUGUGAUCAACUCCGUUCAUCUGAUGCUUAUCAGAAUCAAGACAAGGAAGAAAAUGGGUCCUCCUUUACCUCAGAGUCCAUACUGAAGAAUGUACAUUAUUUCAGAUGCCUGUCACAACUCAGUGUGGCUUCCUGCGUUAAGCUGUUGCCUGAAUUUAUUUCCAAACAUCCUCGGGUGAGGAUCGUCAUCAUUGACUCCAUCGCAUUCCACCUUCGUCACGACACCCACGACAACAGGAUUCGAACAAGCCAGUUGUGCUCCAUUACUCAAGAUCUUAUCCAACUAGCAACGAAUCAUCGAGUCGCGGUGGUUGUCACCAAUCAAAUGACGACUCGCAUCGCACAUAUUGACUCUAAACUCAUGAAAAAUUCCGAGUGUCUGAAUGACCGCGUAUCGGACGAUGAAAAACGUCGGCGCACUGCCACCCCUCAUGAGGAAGAGAUGACUGAAGGCAGAGAUCUCAAUUCGAGCCCAAACAAGGAGAAUCUAAAACGUAAAUUGAGCGGUGCGCGGAGUGACACAAUCUCUGUCAGCGAGUCUGUGACUACUAGGCGUGAAACGAACGCCACGUUGACGCCCGCCCUGGGGGAGAGUUGGGGGCACUGCGCUACUAUUCGUCUGUUGCUUCGCUGGCAGCACGGAAGAAGGAAUGCAACGCUUCUCAAGUCUCCCCAUAAAGCCACUGCUUCCUGUUCUUAUGCGGUCACAGCUGCAGGGAUAAGAGGACUAUUAGAAACUUGAGUUCAGGUGCGCGCUCAUGACUUUUAUUUCAACAAACCACAAAACUUUAUUUCAUCACAGCACCAAAAAAUUUUUAGUACUGCAAUAGCAUAUCUAGAUGUAGGUAUUUUCAAACUUGAUCAUGAGCGAACAAAUAAAAAUGUGCCUAUCAACUAGGGAUAGUUUAUUGUACUAGACUGACUAACUAACGAGUCCCUCAUCAUAGAGCAUAUAUUUUAAACUAAAAUCUAGCUCUAGUAACGUUCAUGGAUGCAAAAACCUUGAGAUGCUACAUCAGGUUACUCCUGUACAGUUUUCUUACUAUGUAUCGUUCAAAUCAGUGGCUGAUUUACACCUUAAACAUUUCAUGCUAUGAGCUUAAUGGACUUACAGCAAUCCAAACAAUAAACGUAGAUUAACAACGUCGCAAACUGAUAAAAUUUUAAUCUUCAAGAGCCGGGUCACAUACUCUGCCUGCAUUAAUUUCAGAUUUAGAAAAAAUCUGAACUGGGGCGAUACUCCCAAAACUCGCAAAGUGAACUUAAGUAAUUACGCUAUAUUUUCUUGUCUAUGAUUGGCGGAUUUUGCUUGAAAGGCCGU